AGAAGAAGAAUACUGGAAGGAGAUGCUGAUCGUCGCACUGCUCCUAGUCGUCCUGGGGGCCUCCUCGGAAGUUUCACGGGAGGUCAACAUGAGCGCCACGACCAACUCGACCAGUCCUGGUCGGCUGGGUGGGGGAACCCAUGCAACUCACCUACAACAUCAGCACCCGAGUUGGCAUCAUCGUCCAGUGCACCAGGAACGCUGACCACGUGACCUCGUACUACGUCCUGGUUCCCGGCGAGGAGACGGUGCGGCUGAACCGCUCCAUCAACAUCGGCUCCCUGAAGUUCCGCGACGCUGGUGUGUACACGUGCGAGGCCCGAGAGCCCGUGCCUGGAGGCAGCGAACCCCCGGUCGUGAACGUGUCGUGGACCCUGGCCGUAGAGCGGCGCCCGCCCGCUUGCCUCGUCAACGAGUCAUGCAACGAGGCCCAGGGUCACAGCUGCUGGAGGGACCUGUGCACCUGCCGCUCCUCGGACAUGAGCUUCUUCUCCAAGAGGGGACACCGGCGGUGCCGCCUCACCGGCGCGCUAAGCCUAACCGCCAGGGUCACUGCUCUUCCGCGUUCAGCGUUCGAUCUGCUCGAGAUCAGCUACUACCUGGUGACAUACGGCGACACCGUCGUCACGUGGUACAGCGACCGAGUACUCGGCGGCCGCUCCGUGGCAAAGUUCAUGGUGGACUCUCCGCGACGCCAGUUCGGUGGCGCCAUCUACCUGCGGCAGCGGGAGUUCACACACGGCGGCACCGUCAACGUGACCGCGGUGCUGUCCGGCACGCCGACGUCGAAGUUGGUGCAGAUCGACGUGCCCAAGAGCACGUACCAGAUAGGCGACCUCUGUAAGGAGGACGCGGACUGCAGUAACGCCCAAGGGUUUUGCAUGAAGGGCCGUUGUUCGUGCACCGACAGCACGGGAAAAGACCACGGACGCCCCGUCGACGGCCAGUGCGUGGCAUCGUGCACUCAGCCCAAGGACUGCGACUCCGUGCAGCACAGCCACUGCUUCGGCGGCGUCUGCCAGUGCUUUGACGGACUCCACCUGUACAACAGGAGCUGCGUGCCGAACCGAUGCGGCCGGCACGUCUACUGCUCGGUGAACGAGACGUGCGUCUCCGGGCGCUGCUUCUGCCGGCCGGGUUACAUGGUGGAGAACGGACGGUGCGUCCAGGCCGAGUGCUUCACGGACGCCGACUGCAUCUGGAAGAACACGGAGUGUUUUUCAGGUCGAUGCGUGUGUCUCCCGGGCUACCGAAUCAUCGAGGGAGACUGCGAUCGAGAGUACUUCGGCAGCUGCAGCCUGGGCUGCACGUCGGUCCUCAACAGCCAGUGUGGUGGCGGGGCCAUGUGCGUCUGCAGUCCCGGCUACGUGUACCGCGCUAUUGGAGGAUACGAGACGUGCUCGCCCAUCGAGUGCCACCACGGCCUUAUGUGUCGGGGUGAGGGAGCGCAUUGCGUGGACUACGCGUGUGCGUGCGUAGAUGGCAACGAAUCUGUCACGUGCAGGGAGGGCGGUUCCGCCAUGUUGUCCUUUUCUGAAGAAGAGCCUCCUCCGCACGAGACUGUGCUGCUCCUUUGCGGCGGAGCGGUCGCCUUCAUCGCCGUCGGAGCCCUGCCCGCUCUCGUGUGGCGGCAAUUGGGACCGGGAAGCAAACUGAGGCGCCCUCCAGAGGUGCCCACCGGAGGUGUGGGGACAGUAUCUCCUGGCGUGGCCGCAGCAGGCCGUGCCACUCGGCCACGGUACACUCGGAGCAGCGCCCGUAGUGCUGGAGCCCACCGCAAGGGCGCCCAAGAGACGGUACCCGUUCGAGGCGCACGACAUGUGAUGAUGAUGAUGUUGAAAAUGGCUUUCUCACAAUUUCCGGGGAAGAUUUCGACACCAAUCGAACAAUUCGGGCUACUGCUUGCUACGAUAGUGCAAGUUCCUUGCUAA